UGCCUAAGCCUUAUUGCUUGCAUUUUCACUAUGAAAGCCAUGGAAGAUCAGGUGGUACAGGAAGAACCAGGAUACCAGGAUGAUGAGGAAUCCUUUUUUCAGGAUAUUGACCUGUUACAGAAGCAUGGAAUUAAUGUAGCUGAUAUUAAAAAGCUGAAAUCAGUGGGAAUCUGCACUAUCAAAGGGAUCCAGAUGACAACCAGGCGGGCACUGUGCAAUGUGAAAGGGCUUUCAGAGGCCAAAGUGGAUAAGAUCAAAGAAGCAGCCAACAAGCUUAUUGAGCCGGGAUUCCUGACUGCCUCUGAAUACAGUGAGAAGCGGAAGAUGGUAUUUCACAUCACCACAGGGAGCCAAGAUUUUGACAAACUGCUGGGUGGUGGGAUUGAAAGCAUGGCAAUCACAGAGGCCUUUGGUGAAUUCCGAACAGGUAAAACCCAACUUUCCCACACUCUAUGCGUGACAGCUCAGCUUCCAGGAGCAGAUGGCUACACAGGAGGGAAGAUUAUCUUCAUUGAUACUGAAAACACUUUCCGUCCAGAUCGUCUUCGUGAUAUUGCUGAUCGUUUCAGUGUGGACCAUGAUGCAGUUCUUGACAAUGUGCUGUAUGCUCGUGCAUAUACCAGUGAACAUCAGAUGGAACUGCUUGACUAUGUAGCAGCAAAGUUCCAUGAGGAAGCUGGCAUCUUCAAGCUAUUGAUCAUUGACUCCAUUAUGGCACUCUUUCGUGUGGAUUUUAGUGGCCGCGGGGAGUUGGCUGAACGGCAACAGAAACUUGCUCAGAUGUUAUCAAGACUCCAGAAAAUCUCAGAGGAAUAUAAUGUGGCUGUGUUUGUGACCAAUCAGAUGACUGCUGAUCCAGGGGCAACUAUGACUUUUCAGGCAGACCCUAAAAAGCCCAUUGGUGGCCACAUCUUGGCCCAUGCUUCAACCACAAGGAUCAGCUUACGGAAGGGGAGGGGGGAGCUGCGCAUUGCCAAGAUAUAUGACAGCCCUGAGAUGCCUGAAAAUGAAGCCACAUUUGCCAUAACUACUGGAGGAAUUGGGGAUGCCAAAGAAUAAGCAGAAACCUGGCAAAAAUCUCCAUCUGAAAACAGCCCAGAUAAAGCCAAAGUAUCCAAGGUUACUGACUCCCUGAUUACUUUGUAUUUUUCAGGCUCAGUUUUGGAUAUUUAGAAUUGGGAGCACACUAGAAAGUUAUUAGGAGAUCAUAUUUCAGUGAUCUGAACAGGAACUGGUUCAUGUUAUUUAUUUUUUUUAAAUGAAAUUUGCAGCAGUCAGAAAUUUACAAAGCAAAGAAACUUGUGACUCAUUCAAGAAAUGUCUUCUUUAGGGUUUGUGAGAAGUAAAGCUGUUUUAUCCCAUGGGCUUAAUGUGACCUUUUAUAGUUUAUUGGGAAGAGAAUGUCUGUGAGAUAGGGUGUACACAGCAUGGAAUAAAACAGCACUGAAACAAACAUGGUUUAAAAAAAUGAGUGGUUAAUACAUUGAGGGGAAAUGCAGUGGACAGACACAGGAAUACAGGACCUUGCUAAGAUCUCAUUGAGAAUAGAAGAAUGAUAGUUACUUGAAGACAAUUUUUAGAAAUUUUAAUCUUGAUUAAUUAGUGAUUUAUUUGUAUUUAAUUCUGUUUUAGAAUAUUUAACAAUGUUAUGUAUUUUCAUGUUAAUGGAAAAUACCAAAUUAGAACAUCUCCUGUUCCCUAUGCUUGUGUACAAUACAUAUACUUUAAGUCAAACCCUGAUCACCUGAACUGGCCUAUUAACUUUGUUGUGAGAACUUCAAUGAGCAAACUAAAUAGGAUGGAGCCCAAUAUUUCAAAUAAAUAAGCAGAAAACAAAAUGUGUAAAUUAAAGAAACAUUCCAUGUUUAACACUUUGAGGGAUUUUUAGCACCUAGUAGCAAAUCCUCUUUGCAGCCAAAAAAAGCCCAAUGGGAGGCCAACUUUAGCAUCUGGUUUGAGGGUUUCUAUUCACCACUAAAAAGGUGCAUUUUUUAACAGAGUAAUUAAAGUACAAGUGCUAUCCUAAGGCAAAAGCACAGAGAUGACAAAUCACUUUAGUCUUACUGCAAGAAACUCAUUGUGGUUGACUACUCUUUCUUGACGUUGACUUCAAUGUAUUUGCUUCACAGUGAGACUACAGUGCAUCCUCUUCACUAUAGUAUUUACCUUAUGAUAGGUCAUAUUCAUCAAUUAUUUUGAGGCAAGAAACAAAACUUUUUAAAAAGUUAAGUCAGGUCUAGAGAAAAAAUAAGGCAUACCCUUUUUAAUGACUUGCUCAGUCAACCAUUUCCAGACUUGUUCAGAGUGAAAAGAGAGAGUUUAUUUUAUGAAUCAUUUCUCUUCCCAUUCACAGUUAUAUAAUAUCUAUAUGGCAACAAGAACAAUUACUUUUUUUAGGAAAGGAACAUUAGAAAUAUAUAUAAUGUAUGGUUUGAAUUCUUUAAAUGCAGUUCAAGGAAGGCUGUCAGCACCAUUUGACCAGUAAAUGACAACACACAUUGUGAAACACAAGAUAAAAGAAGCCCCAGCUUAAUGCCAAAG